AUGACAGGCGGCUCCGUGAGCGAAGAAAGCACCUUUACCGCAUCCCACGCAGCCGAGAUAGACGGACUACUUCGCCCAAAGCUUGGCGAUAGCAGUCAGCAUGGAGAAGGUGCUGCAAUCGGAAAUGGCAAUCAUUGCAAGCGAGGCUCACUCGAUUCGUGCCAGGAGUGUGUUCAAGUUUCCGGGCAAUCUUGCAGAGCUGGAGGAGGCUUGGGUAUACUGCGCUGGACGCUGGCAAUGCUACUGAUGGGAAGCAUGUUAGUGCUGUAUAUGUACAGAAGUUCCGUUUGCCCUGUCGUCUACAACGAAGAAAGUUGUGACAUUGCCGGAAGGCUGUCUACCAGCGCCGUUGCGCGUGGCUUGCGGGAGACCGCCAGCGUCAGUUUGCGCAUGAAAGACUUUCUUGGAGCCACCGUCAUCCAGGCCGCGCCACAGCAGAGCGAUGUGGAAGAUGAUGCCAUUUGUGCGCCGGAUCGGCCACUCACAGAGCCCGGGUGGUCACCACGUGCCUGGCAUGUGUCGGAGGGCGAGCAGAUGGCCUGCGAGUCGCGGAAUCGUGUCAAGGAUAAUGGCCACACUAUCCGAUAUGACAACUGGGACCGCAAUUGGUGCUGGGUGGGCGUCAAGGAGCAAUGCCAUUCAAACCUGAAAACUCCGAGGUCCUGGGCAACAUGGCGCAAAGAAGCUUUUAAGAAUGGAAUGGCACCUUCGCCGGAAGAUGCUCCUUUCUCUGGACUCGAAAAUGAAGAGUUGUGCGACGGCACAAAGCACGGCAUCCCCAAGCCCUACCACCCUGAUGAUGCCAAGCGAGCUUCGGCUUGGUUUCGCAAGCAUGUGAAGGUUUAUGUUCUCAACCUGCCCAAGUUCUACAACCGCUGGGACGUUGUUUCGAAGCGCCUGUGGGAGCUCGGGAUCGCUGCAGAGCGGGUCAUUGGAGUUGACAUGCAGGAACCUGGUAGCUACAACGAUGCCAAAGCCAAAGGCUGGAUCCCCCGCGGCUUCGACAUCGGCAAAACACAGGCAAAAGCCUUUUCCCCUGAGCAACAAGUGGGAAAGAUUCUUGGGACUGUGGGCUGUGCGGCGGCGCACUUCAAAGCUCAAGGGCAGAUCUUGUACGAGAAGCCCACGCUGGGGCUGGUACUCGAGGACGAUUCCUGGCUCAUGGACGACUUUGUGGUCCAACUGUGGCGCAUUGUGACUCAGGAGCUGCCAUGUGAUUGGGACGUGCUGCAGCUGCUGGGUCGGUGUUCCUAUGGCAAGUGUGUAUCAGAGCACUUAGCAAGGAUUCAGCCGGAUGCCAACGAGCCCAAGCGGAUAUGCCAUGAAGGUGUAAACUGGGGUAUGCAUGGUGUACUCUACCGAACUGAGCAUCUUGAAAAGAUUCAGUGGAAGUGGAAGCAGACCGUCUUCAACCCUGAAGUGCCUCAUUGCCUUGAUAUCGAUGUUGCUUUGGCCAGCAUUUCUGACGAGGUCAACUACUACUCUAUACCCAACUCGCAGCAGCCGGGCCUGUUGAAGGAGAUGGAUCUGGGCUCUGUGAGGGCCAGCAUCAACCUCGGCUUCCGCGUCGGCAAUUGA